AUGGCAAAACGGCCAUUCAACCAGGCCGAUGUCGAGGGUCAGGAUAGGCGACCGGGGAAUACGCCCAAGAGACACAAGAAGGACAAUUCUACACCACUGAAGGGUCUGGCGCCCGAGGAUAUAACCUCUGCUCGACAGGUACAAGGACUUUUUUCAGAUUAUUCGAAUGCUGGGAAAAUACAAGCCGGAAUUCAAUCUUUCAAGAAGUUCCUCGCAGAAUGUCGAGAUUUACAAUAUGCCCUUCAUACAAACGAAGAGGUAAAACUCUGCACUUUACAGGAAUACCUCGAAUCGCAGAUAUCGAAGGACGGCGAUGAGACUUGUAGCGAUCUGAUGCAAGCUUGGUCUUUUGCUUCACAAUCGAACAACUUCCAAUUACUCUCCUCAAUCCCCACAAUCCUUAACCUCCUCCUACGUACCAUAUCACUCUUCCCGGCUUGGAAGAAACACGGAGUCGCUCUUGUUAAAUCUACUCUUCAGCCGCCGUACCUCAAACUCAUCUACCGCUCCUUAGGUGGCUCCAAGGAUGCUAUCUCCUCACCUUGCCUCCGUCUCCUCACGGAAAUCAACAAAUUCGAUAAUGGCAGUCUCUGCCCCCUCCUCCACCAAUCCCUCGACUUUACCGUCAAAGACAUAACUCGAAACCUCGAGAUCAAAAAGACGGAAAAGCUUGAUCAAGUACCCGUCGAAGAUCCGGACAGACCGAGCGUACGCACCGUAUUCAUUAGGUUUAUAAUCUCAUUUUUUCGAUAUGGCACACAUAAUAUCAAAACCGAUAUCAUGGGACUACGGACGUUUACUACACCUUUAUUCAAGUAUAUUCGUCAGGAUACGGCGGCAGUGAUAGACGAGGUUUUAAUCGCCUUUAGAGAUAACAUUGUGGCGGACCAGGAUAUAUCUCGCAGUUCCAAGACAAAUUAUUUCAACGAUUGGAGUUUGGGCCGGCUUGGUGAACUUUGUUAUCGCGACGAUGCUAUUGACCCCGAAAACCCGGACCGAACGGUUGCAGAUGUAGUGUUUGAAUUCUUAGGCGGAGUGUGUACUACGCCUGGGAAUGGUGUAUGCUUCAAGGACAAUGGAUGGUACAAUGGGUCCAAAUCCGACGCAUCAGAGAAAACAGGGAAACAACAAGUCAACAACCGGAUACUACUCGGAUUACUAAAAUCUCUACGACCGUACUCGAAUACCUAUCACCUAAGGCUCCUAAUUGCAGUGUUUACAGCAGCACCAGAACUAGUAGCGGCAUACUUCAACGAAAAUACAGCUUUUACAUUCGACCCGAAACUAACUGCGACAUGGAUCGGUCUUUCGUCUGUUUUGCUGGAGACGAUUCAGAUUCCUGUGCCCGAAGGGUUCGGGUACUCAGGUGGAGAUGGGGUACCUUCUUCGCCGCCGCCGGUUCGGAAUACCAUCGAAAACAUUUUACCGCAACAGGUUAAUCGUGCUGUGUUAAUGAAAUGCUUGGGGUUCAACAAUAACUUUGUGAGAUUCAUUGCUGUGAGGAUACUCAAUGCCGCCUUUGCAAAGCUCGCCGCUGUAUUGGAUGUUAUGGGACAGAUGGCGGAGGAACUGGUAGAUGGGAGUGUCUGGGCAAAAGGUGUUUAUGAUUUAGUGGACGAGUUUUCAAAGAAGGUCCCCGAAGUCAGCGUCGUGGUUGGUGUUUUCAACCAAAUGAAAGAGGAUGCUAGCUUACAGAGGGAGGCGGGGAGUCGGUUACUCAGGAAUUAUUACGAGUAUCUGCCUUCCAUCGUCGGCGCUGUUUCGGGUGGCUCUAGUGGGAAAGGUGGAUUCGACUUUGGUCCCGCGUUUGGUAGAGUGCUUGUGAAGAUUGGUGAGAGUAAAGGGUUUGAAGCGUUGGAAGUGAAGCAUUGUUUGCAUUUGGCGAAGUUAUUACCAGAGACGAAGUGGUGGGCUAAGCCUGCUGCUGCGAAAUACUCGCCCGCGAUCACCUUGAUGAAGGUUUUCAAGGAUGGUAAUGGGGGUGAGCAGACGAGUGAUGUGUAUAAGCUGCUUGAGAAGAUUGUGGAUGAUAGCCCGGUGUUCGGAAAAAAUGGGGGUAAUGGAAGGAAUGGAGUACAUCCUCUUGAGGCGCUUAUGGAGAGUUUUGAGUGUGUAAAGGGUAAGGAGGGGUGGGAGAGGGUGUUGACGUACUUGGAUAAUGCAUGUGGGAGACUAGUGCAAGGUCCUUAUAAGUAUUUUGAUAUCGUGGGGGAGACUUUGGAGAGUGUUAAAGGGCAGAGAGAGCUGAGUCCGCUGCUUGCUGCAUUAUUCCAUCAAUUCAACUUUUUGAAGAAGGAGGAUGAGAAAAAGGAAGAAUUGGAGGGAUUAUGCAAGUGGCUGCUUAGCGUUGCGAACAGCUUCUGGAUUAUUGGUGAGAUAUCAAUGGUUCAAAAAGACGGAGUGGAUAUUGCCAGUGUCGAGGUAGAUGGUCUAAGUGAAGUCUUCGCUCAGUUUGUGGGGGGCGUAAAGGCUUGGAGACGAUGUUUAGAAGAGUCUAAACUCGGAAAGGCAGGUUCUUCCACUAACCUAGCGGGAUUCCCUUUGGAAUUUGAACUCCCAGAAGCCAAAGCCUUAUCGAAGCUUCGAAAGUCAAAGGAUGUUCGAGAGAAAUAUGGCUAUUUUUACACACUCGCUGAAGCCCUAGAGACACGGCCAACCAUUGUCACAUUCUACUACUGGAAGUGGAUACAACAUGUUGUGGAGAUACUUCUGAAAGCGACCUCUAACAUUGAUGAAUCGCUUCUUGAGGAAACCGAAUUUUCCGCUUUGGAGAGUAUUCAUAAUACUGUUUUUCAGGUGUAUGAAGAUGCUGCACGAAAGGUUCUCAAGGACGAUGCCUAUGAGACGGAUUCUCGCUCAAAUAAGUGUCUUAACUUUAUGGUCGAUACGGCAGGAAAGCCGCUACAUUUGGAACACUUCGCAUCUACGGGGCGGCGAUUAAUGAGUCGAUUCGAUAUCGCACUUAUCAACAUUUACUCCCUCCUACCUAUCGGAACCCUCAAGGAUGACGGUAUCAAAUCAAGUCUUUUCAGGAAACUAGUACAAACACCUCCGGCAUCAUAUUCAGCCGAUCCCAAACAAGCAGCAAAGCUGUCACCUUUCUUCAAACAGUUGUUAGACGUCAGCGACCUGAAGAAAUGCUGUCGAGAAUCUAAUACAGUUGAAUUGCCUGACCUAGCCUGGAAGGUAAUUUUUGAGCGUCUACACGCUUCAAGGGAAACUCUGGUGGGGGAUGAAGUCUGGGGAGUUAUUGGCGGUGGCAAAGGUAUCAGGGAACACCCCUGGAUGUCAUUUGUGAAGCUGGUUAAACAACAAGACUUGAAGGGAUUGUCGAAUAUAUCUGUUGGAUUUGAGACGCUAAACCAAAUAGUCGUUGAAAGCUCCGCAACAGCAUUUUCGAGUUUCCUCCUAUUGCUUUUGCAAAAUGGUGGUUUCGCGAAAGGAAUUGAGGGCCUAUUGGAUAUAGUCAGCAAAUACCUUGACGCCAGCCCGAAGAAAUCUCUAAACCAGCUUACGAGCCUAACAUUCCCAGUUUGCAAGGCUGUCAAAGAUUUCGCCAUGGAGAGCGACGAAUCAACCGGACGACUUCGCUGGAAUAGACGAGAUCUAAAACACGGAGAUGGCAUGCAACUUGAUGAAGACUGGAAGGAAACCUUCAUCCAGCAAUUUUAUCUCGAUACCGCCCCGGGUACAUCCACGCCUCUCCAUCAAGCCCUUUUAGAGGGUUACAAAGGUUUAGGAAACAUGGAUUGUAAGGCGGAAUACUUUGAAAUCGGCCUUGACUUUGGACUCAUAACCUGGAACGAACAAGUUCUGAACCUCCUCCAACUCGAUGAUAAGGAUAACACACUUUUAUCUGUCUCUGAUUUCCCAUUAUUCGAAGCAGCAUAUCGUCUGUCACAGGGCAGUGAUAUGUCCUGGUUCCAUACAAAGCUUCAGAAGAUGGUUUACACCCUCACCGUUGAGCUCUCAAAGCCCGAGAUUUCGGAAGAAGCGGAUUCGGAUCUACUAGAUGGGUUAGAAAAGUUUGGAGGGUUUAUGGGGAGGAAUGAAGUUGAUCUAUUGGAUUAUGUGGCGAAAGAUGCGGUUGAUAGUUUGCUUGAGGUUUUGUUUGAGAAGUUGGGGGUUGGGAGGGGGGUUGUUACUUUUGCCGCUGGAAUAAUGGCGGGUAUUGAAGAUGUUAAGUACCUUCAACAUUCGAAACUCCUGCAACUCCUCCUAACUACGCCUACCUCCCUCUCAUCCUCCCCACGCAACCCUGAAAAAAAUGAAGAAAUUCACCAUCUAUCAUAUAUCCUCAGAAGACUCUUCUACGCCUCAAAGGCGCAACAUAGUAACAUUACUACUCUUGACGGAAUCCUUUCCGUAUACGGCGGCACUAACGAUAUCGUCGAUUCAAUACUUUUGGAAAUAAUGAUAUCGAUAGAAGGAUACAUGGAGCGCAGCAUUCUAGAAAGGAUCUCAUCCGUUACAAUAACCGAUGACGAAACUCGGAAAUUUGUGGAAAGAGACGGGAAGGGACAACUCAAAAUCUUCGUAUCUUCGAAAGUCGUUGGAAAAUCAAUGGGGAAUUUCUUUCGAAGGAAAGUACAGUUUAAGGGUUUGAUUGGUAGUAGUGACGGACUCAAAGGGUUUUUGGAAAAGUGUAGAAGAGUCGAUGAGGAAGAUGAAGGUGGGGUCAGGGGAAGGAGCUAUGAUGUUGGUUUCAUCGCUGGGUUGGUGAUGAAUGGUAUGGUGACCGAGAAGGAAGAGCAUAAGGUUGAUGUUAAAGAUAUAAUUGAGAAGGGGCUUUUGGGGUAUACACUUCUGGCGCUUUCGGCCGACAGCGGUGAGGAGAGGGGGAUGGGUGAAGCUGUGCUUACGGCUGUUGUGGGGAAGUUGGAGGGUCUUGCUGGGGUGAGGGGGUAUAAAGAAAGAAUUGAAGUGAUGCAUUUGAUAUGUAAAGUGCUCGCUGGAAUCGCGGUUUUGAACUCGGAUGGGGGAGAAGAUGAAAAAGAAGAAACGGAAGGAAGUGGAUUGAAAGAAAGGGGAAUACCCACGAUCACAGCACUUUUACUUGCAAAGAUCCUGGGAAUUGUAUCCAACCCUUCACAUUUUCUUUACGAAAAAGUGAUGGUGUGGCUACAAUCCCGAGCAACCGUUGAUUUGAAGGAAAUACCCAUGCUCAAGGAGUUUUUACGAACCGAGGGAGAAGGGUAUUGGAAGGAAGUCGGAUGGAUAGUCGAAGGGUUGGCCGGUGGGGUCAAGGAUAAAGUUGAUAUUGAGGUUUUUAGGAAAAGAGGGGUGUUUGAAGAAGUUUUGGGGGUUUAUGGGGGUAUUGUUACUACGACCAAUAAUAACAAUACAAACGUGAAAGGGAAAGAAGAAGGGAUAAGGAAGAAGAUAUUGGAGAUAUUGUGGAAUACGGCAGGAGUUGAAGGAGGGGCUACGACGUUGAUUACAAGAACUGGAGUGGUCAGUUGGAUCAAGAUGAUGAUUUCUGUGGUUGAUGGUGAUGAGGAACGGAUAUUGCUAAAGAGAUUGGCGGCGAGGUUGUGGGAAGGGUGUGAUAAAGGAUAUGUUAGACAGUGGAGUGAAGGGCAUAUUGGGAGAGUUUUGGAGGGAUUGGUGGGGUUGUAA